GCCGAGCCGUUGUUAGCUUCUCUCUCUCUCUCUGAAGCAGGUUUAUGGUAAUGAAUUGCCCUGCAAGUCACAGAGAAUAGUCGGAGCCAUUUUGAGCGGAUCAUUCACACACAACACAGCUAGGAUACAGUGUCUCUGUGUAUUACCAGUUAACCGGAGCCGCAUGCACUUUUUUCUUUCUUUUCCUAGUGGAUUACAGUCAAAGUAUGGAUAAAACGCAGCGGAGACCGGCACGGAGGAAAGUUUAAAGCACCUUGCUGUAAUGAUGGGACAACCUUAUCCCGGAGAGAUGGGGUUCUUCCAGGGGACUGUGCUGCUGUUAACCUGCUUGCUGACUUGCACCCCGCUGUCGGACAGCUACAGCGUGCACCUCAGCGACAAUGCCAAGCCGGGGAGCGCAGUAGUAAGUCUGGGCUCUGGCAGGACUUGCACAUUGGACCAGGUGAUUGCGCCGAAAUUCACAAAGACAUUUUUGGAGACAGACUCUGCCGCUGGGACCAUCAUUGUCGCGCAUCGCCUGAACUGCGCCCGGCUCCCGAGCAACCCUUUCACUGUUUACACUACGGCCGACUGCAGAGACCCGGCUUCCCCAGGCUUUAGCCAUCUGGUCACCAGCCGGUACGACGUGCAUGUACACGGGAGAAACUGCUUCAACAAACACAAGAGGAAAACGAAACGGGACGUGGAUAUCAUAAGCCUGCUGGGCACCAGAAACCACCAGAAUGCGUGCUAUACACCCGGUGCUCAGCUAUUCAGAAUCAGAGAGCUUUUACCUGAAUCGUGGGAUACCUGCGAUUUGCACUGUGAGAUAGCUGGGAAUUCACGUUUCUAUUACACAAGCGGGGGAUUGUUCGCUUCGGAAGGGCUCUGUCUCAAGCGGAACGGCUUGGUGGAACUGGAUCUGCGUUGUAACAACAGGUGCGUAGACGGGAGAGGGUUAGGUCAGGCAGCUAGAUCGUGGGUCUGGGAGCGGGCAGGGGCGCACAGCAUUUCCCUGCACUUGAGGUUAGGGCUGGGAUCCUUCAGACAGCAGCACUUAGAAAAGUUACUGCAGAGGGCAGCCUUGUCAGAAGCGGGGAUAGCGAGCAGGAGGAAGAGGAAUGUGAACAGCAGCCCUCAGUUUCAGCCCCCGAUGUAUCAGGUCUCAGUCCCCGAGAAUAAGCCAGCGGGCACAGCAGUGGUAGUUGUGAAAGCCGUGGACCCCGACGAGGGGGAGGCAGGUAGACUGGAGUACUCCAUCGACGCUCUGUUUGACAGCAGAUCUAACAAUCUGUUUGCUAUCGAUCCCCAAACGGGGAGGGUGAGCACUGCAGAGGAGCUGGACAGGGAGACGAAGGACACCCAUGUGUUCAGGGUGACAGCUAUCGAUCACGGCACCCCCAGGAGGACUGCCAUGGCAACCCUCACCAUCUCAGUCAGCGACACUAAUGACCACGACCCUGUCUUUGAGCAGCAAGAUUACAAGGAAAGUGUGAGGGAAAACCUGGAGAUUGGAUAUGAAGUUCUUACAGUCAGGGCCACUGACGGGGAUGCCCCUAUCAAUUCCAACAUUCUGUACAGAAUCCUCAAUAAUAACGGGACCAACGGGGUGUUUGAGAUCGACCCCAGGUCAGGGGUGAUCAGAACCAGGGGUCCAGUGGACAGGGAGACAGUGGAGUCCUACAACUUGUUAGUGGAGGCUAAUGAUCAAGGGAGGGACCCAGGGCCACGCAGUUCCACCGCCAUGGUCACUAUAAUAGUGGAGGAUGACAAUGACAAUGCCCCCCAAUACAGUGAGAAGCGCUAUGUGGUUCAGGUGCCCGAAGAUGUGGCCCCCAGUACGGAGAUCCUGCAGGUGACCGCCACUGACUGUGACAAGGGGAACAAUGCGCUGGUCCACUUCAGCAUCAUGAGUGGCAACACACGGGGUCAGUUCUACAUUGAUGCCCAGAGUGGCAAGAUAGAUGUGGUCAGCCAGCUGGACUAUGAAAUGAACAAGGAGUACACCCUGCGAAUCCGGGCGCAGGACGGUGGGAGACCCCCGCUCUCCAACAUCAGCGGGCUGGUGACUGUGCAGGUGCUGGACGUCAACGACAACGCGCCCAUCUUUGUCAGCACCCCCUUCCAGUCUACGGUUCUGGAGAACGUUCCCAUCGGCUACUCCAUCAUUCACAUACAAGCCAUCGACGCCGACUCGGGGGAGAACUCUCGCUUGGAGUACAGGCUGAUCGAAACUCCCCCCGACUUCCCCUUCGCCAUCAACAACAACACCGGCUGGAUCGUGGUGGCGGUGGAGCUGGACAGGGAGACUGUGGACUUUUAUAACUUUGGGGUGGAGGCCAAGGAUAACGGGUCUCCCCCAAUGUCUUCCUCCGCCAGCGUCAGCAUCACCAUUCUGGACGUCAACGACAACAACCCGGAGUUCACCCAGAAGUCCUACAACAUGCGGUUGAACGAGGACGCGGCGGUUGGCACGAGCGUGGUGACCGUCUCCGCCAUGGACAAAGACGUUAACAGCGUGGUCACCUACCAGAUCUCCAGCGGGAACACCAGGAACAGGUUCUCCAUCACCAGCCAGAGCGGGGGCGGACUCAUCACCCUGGCUCUGCCUCUGGAUUACAAACUGGAGAGGCAGUACGUUUUGACUGUCACUGCUUCGGACGGCACCAGGUUCGACACUGCCCAGGUCUACGUGAACGUCACAGAUGCCAACACGCACAGGCCUGUUUUCCAGAGCUCCCACUACACGGUCAAUAUAAAUGAGGACAGACCGGUCAGCACAACUGUGGUGAUCAUCAGCGCCACUGAUGAAGAUACUGGCGAAAACUCCAGAAUCACGUACUUCAUGGAGGACAGUAUCCCCCAGUUUAAGAUUGACUCUGACAGCGGGGCGGUCACCACCCAGAUGGAGCUGGACUAUGAAGACCAGGUGUCUUAUACUUUAGCCAUCACUGCCAAAGACAACGGCAUUCCACAGAAAUCAGACACCACCUACCUGGAGAUCCUGGUCAAUGACGUGAAUGACAACCCGCCCCUGUUUCUCAGGGACCAGUACCAGGGCUCUGUGUUUGAGGACGUUCCUCCCUACACCAGCGUGGUGCAGGUUUCAGCCACCGAUCGGGACUCUGGUUUGAACGGCAGGGUGUUCUACACCUUCCAGGGAGGAGACGAUGGUGACGGCGACUUCAUUAUCGAAUCAACCUCUGGCAUUGUCAGGACUUUGCGGAGACUGGACAGGGAAAACGUGCCGGUGUACGACCUCCAAGCCUUCGCAGUGGACAAGGGGCUCCCCUCUUUGAAAACCCCCAUAAACAUUCAGGUCACCGUCCUUGACGUGAACGACAAUCCGCCUGUCUUUGAGAAGGACGAGUUCGACAUCUUUGUGGAAGAAAACAGCCCGAUAGGCCUGGUUGUUGCCCGCAUAACCGCCACGGACCCGGACGAGGGCACGAACGCUCAGAUUAUGUACCAGAUUGUGGAGGGAAACAUCCCGGAGGUGUUCCAGCUGGAUAUCUUCUCCGGGGAGCUGACCGCGCUUGUGGAUUUAGAUUACGAGGCCAAGUCGGAGUACGUGAUCGUGGUCCAGGCCACCUCAGCCCCGCUGGUAAGCCGGGCCACCAUCCACAUCAAACUGAUCGACAGAAACGACAACGUCCCUGUGCUUAAGAACUUCGAGAUCAUUUUCAACAAUUACGUCACCAACAAAUCCAGCAGCUUCCCCACAGGGGUGAUCGGGACGAUCCCAGCCCGUGACCCUGACGUCUCCGACACGCUUCAUUACAGCUUUGAGCUGGGAAACGAGUUGAACCUGGUCAUCCUCAACGAAACCACCGGGGAGAUCAAGCUGAGCGACUCGCUGGACAGCAACAGACCCCUGGAAGCCACCAUGAGGGUAUCUGUGUCAGAUGGGGUGCACAGCGUGACGGCUCAGUGCACACUGCAGGUCACCAUCAUCACGGACGAGAUGCUCUCCAGCAGCAUCACCCUGAGGCUGGCCCACAUGUCCCAGGAGCGCUUCCUGUCCCCGCUGCUGCGGCUCUUCCUGGAGGGCGUGGCGACGGUGCUCUCCGCCAGCAAGGAGGAUGUCAUCGUCUUCAACAUCCAGAACGACACGGACGUGAGCGCCAGCAUUCUGAACGUCAGCCUGUCCGUCCUGCUGCCCGGCGGCGGUGGCCAGUUCUUCAGCUCCGAGGACCUGCAGGAGAGGAUCUACCUGAACCGCAGCCUACUGGCCUCCAUCUCCACCCAGCGCGUGCUGCCCUUCGACGACAACAUCUGCCUGCGCGAGCCCUGCGAGAACUACAUGAAGUGCGUCUCCGUGCUCAAGUUCGACAGCCUGGCCCCCUUCAUCACCUCCGACACCAUCCUCUUCCGACCCAUCCACCCCAUCAACGGGCUGCGCUGCCGCUGCCCCGCCGGUUUCACCGGGGAUUACUGCGAGACCGAGGUGAACCUGUGCUACUGGAACCCGUGCCGGAAUGGGGGCCUGUGCCGCAGCCGGGAGGGCGGCUACACCUGCGAGUGCCCGGAAGAGUUCACAGGUGAUCAGUGUGAGUUGAGCUCCCGAUCGGGCCGCUGCGCCCCAGGGGUCUGCAGGAACGGCGGCACCUGCGUCAACCUGUUGGUGGGGGGCUUCAAGUGUGACUGCCCGCCCGGGGAUUACGAGAAGCCGUACUGCGAGAUGACAACGCGAGGCUUCCCUGCCCUGUCCUUCAUCACCUUCAAGGGACUGCGCCAGCGCUUCCACUUCUCCAUCUCCCUCUCGUUUGCCACCAAGGAGCGCAAUGGCUUGCUGCUCUAUAACGGGCGCUUUAAUGAGAAACACGACUUCAUCGCCUUGGAGAUCAUCAACGAGCAGAUCCAGCUAACCUUCUCAGCAGGAGAGUCAACGACCAGAGUGUCUCCGUACAUCCCAGGAGGGGUCAGUGAUGGCCAGUGGCACGUCGUUCAGCUCCAGUACUACAACAAGCCAAUCAUCGGACAGUCAGGUGUCCCCCAAGGUCCAUCGGGCCAGAAGGUUGCCGUGGUAACGGUGGAUGACUGCGAUACGUCGGUCGCCUUGAGAUUCGGCCACGUGAUCGGGAACUACACUUGCUCAGCCCAGGGAAGCCAGUCAGGAUCGAAGAAGUCGCUGGAUCUGACUGGCCCCCUGCUGCUCGGAGGGGUCCCAAACCUGCCCGAGGACUUCCCAGUUCAGAACCGCGAGUUUGUGGGCUGCAUGAAGAACCUGUUCAUCGACAGCCGGCAGAUCGAUAUGGCUGACUUCAUCGCAAACAACGGAACCGUGCCGGGGUGCUCUGCGAAGAGGCACUUCUGCACCAGCAACACCUGUAUGAACGGAGGGACCUGCGCCAACAAGUGGAGCUCCUUCAGCUGCGAGUGUCCGCUGGGCUUCGGGGGCAAGAACUGCGAGCAGGUGAUGGCCAGUCCGCAGCGUUUCCAAGGCAACAGCAUGGUCUCCUGGAAGAACCUGGCCUCCACCAUCAGCUUGCCCUGGUAUGCUGGCAUGAUGUUCCGCUCUCGACAGGCCAAUGGGAUUAUCUUCAGGGCUGUCGCCGGGCAGCAUUCAACUAUCAGUCUGCAGCUGAGUGAAGGGAAUGUGCUGCUGGCUGUGUAUCGGGGGAGCAACCAGGUGUCCUUGCUGAGGCUCCCCCAGGUGAAGGUGAACGAUGGAGACUGGCACCAGCUGCAGGUAGAGCUGAGGGGUGCCCACGAGGGCACAGAGCCACAGUACCGGGUCAGCAUAGCCUUCGACUACGGACUGCACCAGGUGAGCGCAGACAUCGGGAAUGAGCUGCACGGGCUGAAGCUGAAGAGCCUGAGUGUGGGAGGGGUGUCCGGAGAUAACGGGACUGUGCUGCAGGGCUUCCGGGGGUGCAUGCAGGGUGUGCGUGUCGGCGAGACAUCGGCGAGCGCGGUGGCUCUGAACCUCAACCAGGCUGAGCGAGUGAACGUGGAGCGUGGCUGCAGCGUGCCGGACCCCUGUGACUCCAGCCCCUGUCCCGCCAACAGCUACUGCAACGAUGACUGGGACAGCUUCUCCUGCAGCUGCGACCCAGGUUACUACGGGGAGGACUGCAAGGACGUGUGCGCUCUCAACCCCUGCGAGCACCAGUCCGUCUGCACACGCAAGCCAAGCUCCUCCCACGGCUACACCUGCGACUGCACCAGCAGCUUCUUCGGACAGUACUGCGAGAACAAGAAUGACCAGCCGUGCCCGAAAGGCUGGUGGGGGCACCCAAUGUGCGGCCCCUGCAACUGUGAUACCAGCAAGGGCUUCGACCCCGACUGCAACAAGACCACCGGAGAGUGCAGGUGUAAGGAGAACCACUACCAGCCAGCAGAGGGCGACACCUGCUUCCCCUGCGACUGCUACCCCACUGGCUCCCUCUCCCGCACCUGCGACACGGAGACCGGGCAGUGCCGGUGCAAGCCGGGGGUCAUCGGGCAGCAGUGCGACCGCUGUGACAACCCCUUUGCUGAGGUCUCCAUGAAUGGCUGUGAGGUGAUUUACGACAGCUGCCCGCGAGCGAUGGAGGCCGUGAUCUGGUGGCCGAGGACCAAGUUUGGCCUUCCUGCAGCCAUACCCUGCCCCAGAGGAUCGAUCGGCACUGCGAUUCGGCACUGUGAUGAACACAAGGGCUGGCUCCCUCCUAAUAUAUUCAACUGCACCUCCGUGACUUUUGCAGAUCUGAAGACCUUUUCUGAUAAACUGGCUCGCAAUGAGUCUGUCUUGGAGGCAGGCAAGUCCAGACAGAUGGCACUGCUGCUGCGGAACGCCAGCCAGCACACUGGCGCUUACUUUGGCAGCGAUGUGAAGGUGGCAUACCAGCUGACGAAUACAAUCCUGGAAUAUGAGAACAAGCAGCAGGGCUUCGGGCUGGCUGCUACCCAGGAUGUUCAUUUCACCGAGAACCUCCUCAAAGUGGGCAGUGCCAUCCUGGACCCUGAUAACAAGCCACACUGGGAGAUGAUCCAGCAGACGGAGGGUGGCACGGCUCUCCUGCUCCGGCACUACGAGGACUACGCCAACGUGCUGGCACAGAACAUGAGGAAGACCUACCUGAACCCCUUCACUAUCAUCACCCCCAACAUCGUCAUCUCCGUGGAUCGCCUGGACAAGAUGAACUUCGCCGGCGCCAGGCUACCUCGUUACGAAGGCCUGCGCGGUGCCCAGCCUGCUGACCUGGAGACCUCCGUGACCCUGCCUGACUCCGUCUUCCAGCCCGCUGAGACGAGAGUCUCCAGGAUCUCGGAUUCCCUCGCUGAGGAUAACAACGGGACCGUGAACCGGAAGAGGCGACACCCGGACGCGAGUGAGCAGCAGGCCAUUGCGAGCGUCAUCAUCUACCGCUCCCUGGCCAGCCUGCUCCCGGAGCACUACGACCCCGACAAGAGGAGCCUGAGGAUUCCCAAGCGGCCAGUCAUCAACUCCCCGGUGGUCAGCAUCACCGUGCAUGACAACGACGAGCCGCUGCAGCACGUGCUGGACAAGCCCAUCACAGUGCAGUUCAGACUCUUCGAGAGCGAGGAGAGAUCCAAACCCAUCUGCGUCUUCUGGAACCACUCCAUCCCGAUCGGGGGCACUGGAGGAUGGUCUGCUAAGGGCUGUGAAGUGGUGUUCAGGAACCAGACCCACAUCAGUUGCCAGUGUAACCACAUGACCAGCUUCGCAGUGCUGAUGGACAUCUCCCACAGAGAGAACGGCGAGAUCCUGCCCCUGAAGAUGAUCACGUACGGCACAGUGGCGGUGACACUGGGCUCCCUCUUCCUCACCUUUGUGGUGCUCCUCUUUCUGCGCUCGCUGCACUCCAACCAGUCCAGCAUCAGCAAGAACAUGGCAGUGGCUCUCUUCCUCUCCGAGCUCAUCUUCCUGCUGGGGAUCAACCAGGCAGACAACCCGUUUGUGUGCACAGUGAUCGCUAUCCUGCUCCAGUUCUUCUACAUGUGCACCUUCGCCUGGAUGUUCCUGGAGGGGCUGCACAUGUACCGCAUGAUGACGGAGGUGCGUGACAUCAACUACGGCCCCAUGAGGUUCUACUACAUGAUCGGCUGGGGAGUACCUGCAUUCAUCACAGGGCUGGCUGUGGGUCUGGACCCCGAAGGCUAUGGCAAUCCUGAUUUCUGCUGGCUCUCCAUUUACGACACCCUGGUCUGGAGCUUCGCAGGGCCCAUCGCCCUGGCGGUGUCUAUGAAUGUUUUCAUGUACAUCCUGUCUGCCAGAGCGUCCUGCUCACCCCGGCAUCACGCUUUCGAGAAGAAAGGAGGCACAGUCACUGGGCUGCGGACCGCCGUGGCUAUUCUCCUGCUGGUCAUUGUCACCUGGCUCCUGACUCUCCUGGCUGUGAAUAACGACACCAUCAUUUUCCACUACCUCUUCGCUGGCUUCAACUGUGUUCAGGGCCCCUUUAUUUUCUUCUUCCGAAUCGUCUUCAACAAGGAGGUGCGGAAAGCCUUCAAGUACGCCUGCAGCCGGAAACACGCGGAUGACGUAAUCGCCACCAAGUCCAUGGCUUCAUCCUAUAACUGUAACAACACCUACGUGGACGGCCACUUGUAUGGCCCGCCCUUUGGCGACUCGACCGUCUCCCUGAACAGCACCAUGCGGUCCAGCAAGAGCCAGCACAGCUACAUCCCCUUCGUCCUCAGAGAGGACUCUGGAUUGAACAACAGCCAGGCCCACAUCGCUCUGACAGACCACAACUCCUUGCUCUUCCACGAGGUCAAAGAUCACCCUGACGACCCUGACUCGGACUCGGACAGUGACCUGUCCCUGGAGGACGAUCAGAGCGGCUCCUAUGCCUCGACGCACUCCUCCGACAGUGAGGAGGAUGAGCCCUUCUCCCAGGAGCAGUGCUGGGAAAGCCUGGCCGCGCAGAGCAACGACAAGACCCAGCACAGCGUGCUCAAAGCGGAUAACGUCAUCUCGGCCCACAUGAAGCCCUACUGGCCUGGUGACUUUGUGACGACGGCGAGCGACAGUGAGGGGCACGGCGGCUCGGAGAAGCUGAAGGUGGAGACGCUGCCCAGCUCAGAGCCGCCCUGGGACAAGCUGAGUCUGCUGGAGGAGCGGCCCAAAGAGAACGGGGACGGCCAGGGCACCUACAAGGACAACAUGCUGGCGUGCCUGCCCAACCCCUAUGUGCAGCCACACAGAGGGAUCCUGAAGAAGAAGAGCCUCCCCACCAUCCCAGAGAAGAACAGCAUCAACAGAAUCCACAACGAGCUAUCCAGUCACAGGCCGGGUCCCGCCUCCUCGCGCGCCUCCUCAUCCAGUGAGGGCAGCCGGGCGCAGAGGCCCAAGCAGAGCCUGCAGGAGCAGCUGAACGGCGUGACACCCAUCGCCAUGAGCACCAAGGCCGGGGUGCUGGACGAGGACUCGUCAGGGUCAGAAUUCCUGUUCUUUAAUUUACUACAUUAAAACAUUAACGCACCAUUAAAAAUUUAAUGCGACCAGCAAUGCAUUAUCUCCUUUAUUUUUUUUUACACAUAAAUCAAAGUGCAUGUGUCUUCUCCCCAUCUCCGAGUCGCACUCUAGUCAUGACCAUGCAUUGUUGUUCUUUCUUUCUUUUCUUUCAUCCCCCCUCCCCCCAUCCUCCUUCACAAGCAGCAGCAGUAACGAGACUGCAAUAUAAAGCAGCCAUGUGAAACACUGGACUUCACCCAGAGAGAAGUGGCCGCGCCUCAUUCACUUCACAGAGCCUGCGGACGCCUCACAAAGCUUACACUGUGCAUGCACUCAGGCUGGACCCAGCUCAGUUUGGGAAUGAGCAAGGGAUGUAAGGGACUUCUUUCGUUCCCCUCAGAAGAAAACCCCUCUCGAAAGCCUCAAGACUCUUUUUUAUUUUAUUUAUCAAAUCAGUGCCAAAUGAAGAAGCCAAGCUGAAAUGGACAGACUUUUGUUUGACUGGCUUGGACAAACCUGAUACGUUGUUGGAACCUUUAACUGAAUAAGGAAUUAAACUGAGCUAAUUAACUUUUUUUUUUUAACCACUUGGUCAUCAGACCUAAAGAUUUUAACCUUCAGGGAUUUCUACGUAACUGGAGCUACUGUCUGUGCAUAUUUUGGGGGUCUGUACGGUACUGAUCAUAACCUUUUUAUGGCACAGAAAAAAGAUAUAUUUUGGUUAUAACUAUUAAUAUGCCACGCGUCCAGUCCUACGAUUUUAAUAUUGACUUUUCAGAUGUGCAUUGUGCUUGGAAUGGAAGGGCACAGCCUGAUCACAACUAACCCUGCUGUGCACGGCCAGUCAUGUGUUUAAUGCAGAACCCGGAUCCCUUUGGGAAUGGUGAUGCAGCAGAGGAUCCGGAAUGCAGGGCACAGACGAGAGGAAGCACAUCCUAUGCAUUAUGCCUGGUUCUCCAGAGCAGUCCUAGCUUGAGCAGGACCAGUCUUAAGUUAAUAAAUGCCAUUGGAGGGGAGGGAGGGAGGGAGGGAGUGCAGAACACUUGACACAAAAAGCCUUGCUUGACAGCAUUGGGAAUAGAAGUAAAGGCAGUACCUGGGGCUAUUUAGAACGUUUUAGUUACAGCAUCUAUGGUGUUUCAGACUUGCUAUGGUGUAGAACAAUACAAUUCUAUUAAGCUUUAAUAAUAAAAACCCAAGUCAUUCCUCUUUAGAGAAGGGUUCGGGUUGGUUAUCAGCUGACAACAUUUUUAAAAAUGGACAUGUAUUUACUUAAGACUUUUCCCUCCCUAGUUUACCUUCAGUGGGAUAGUUAGAAACAGGACAGUAGGGAGCCAUGACCCCGAUCCUAUCACAGACAACCCUGCUGCCGUUUAAAGGGUCUGGAAACCAAACCCAUGGUGACUGCGUGUGGGAAUUGCCUUCAGCCACUUAGCCUUUGUUUUGUACUUUCACUGGAAUUGUUUGACUGAUGAUGCUGUUCGUAACAGUGAUUUUAUACGUUUUAUUUGGAAAUCCUUUUUUUUUAUAGGAAUUGUUCAUAUUGACUUGAGAAAAUAAAUAAAACAAAAACAAUUGUGAAUUAGAAUUUGAUGUGUUUGCUGAAUGAUCUCUUCAUUUAAACACAUGCAAGACAAACACAUUACUGCUUGUUGGAUUAUUUCAGAAUUGUUUAUAUUGUAUAGAUGUCAGCAUUUUUUUUUUUUGUGUAAAAUGUAUACACUGUACGGAUUAAAAAAAAACAAAAAAAAAACCCUUCUGAUGUCUAAAGUGUUGCAUGCCAAAGAAAGAAAGGUUAUCUUUUCAAUUGGAAAAGCAUAAUAAUAAUUCACCUUGCGUCAGCCUUUAUCACUGUAAGGACCAGGCAGUACUCAAUCACAUGACAACUGCUGUCACAAAUUUUGUAGCAUGGGGAUUUUGGUAUUGCAUUUGAGUCGGUGGAGGUCAGUUUCACUGGGUCCACACAGCACAUGACAAGUACUUUGGAAGAACUGGUUUCAGGGCAUGCUGAAACACUCCUUUAGACCUCAAAGGGUUUUUUUUUUUAAUUGCUGACCACAAAAGAAAGAUGCUGGACUUUUUGAUUCAUUUAUGAACAGUAAAAUUGUACAGAUCAGUUGCUCCUGUACAUAUUGUUGGUUUUGAAAUGUGUAGUUUUAUACAGGUAAAUUAUCUGAACGUAUCAGUCUAGGCAGAUUCUUUUGCCAGGUUUUUAAAAUUAUUUUACUUUGCAAUUACCAAAGCAGAAAACACUGGGUUUACAUUCUUUAAUGUGUAUCAUUAUUAUUUGCAUUAGGAAGAUCUGUGCAAGAGGAUAUCGAUCCAAAUACAGCAGUUUGUGAAAGACCUAUAUUAUUUUUGUAUUUCAAACCCAUAUUUCUGAUCUGUAAAAAAAUAAAAAUAAAACCUGCAAAUGCUUAAAUACAAACGUUGGAUGUUAUUGAACAUUUGAAGGCUAACUAGCUAAAUUAAUAGGUAAUUUAAUUAAAAAACAUAAAUUAUAUAUAUAUAUAUAUAUAUAUAUAUAUAUAUAUAUAUAUAUAUAUAUAUAUAUAUAUAUAUAUAUAUAUAGUGUCUACCAAAGACAAAGGCUCCCAAUAUCACAGAGUCAUCAGCGAACUCGUUUAUUUUGCUUUGGUAAUUGCUUUCGCACUGAUUGAUUUACUUGGCCAUAUUGUUUAUUUCAUUCUCCUGUAUGUUGAGACACAGGCUUUAGUUUUUCUCUUCUUUCAAUAGUUUUCCGUUUCAGACUGUAGGGAUCCAGGCUCUUGUUAGCUGUUCUUUAUUUAUUAAUGUGUAGAGUGAUGGAAGAGCAGCACUGCAUUCAGAUCAAUAAAUGGGAUUUUUGGA